CUGUUCACAACCAAAUGUCAUAUUGGAAAGAUUUACUUCUGAUGUAUAGUAAUAGCAUAAUUUCGAAAAUAUUUUCUGUAAUAACUACUCUACCAAUUAUAAAAUGGAAAUUACCCGUGAGUCUGCUAUAGAUGAUGAGGAUCUUGGAAAGAUUGCCGAGAAUAAUUUCCAAAGAAUCCUCCAAAAAUCAGCAAAAAUUGGGUAUGCCGAUGGUGUGUCAGAUGGAAAGGAAGAAAUAUUUCAAAUAGCAUUUAACAAAGGAUACUCAGAUGGAUUGCGAACCGGUUUCGAAUUAGAGAAAUAUAAUGCGCUUUCUCUAAAUUUAGAAAUUGAUAGUGAAGAAAAAUUUAAAAAAUUAUAAUCAAACAGUCUCUAAAUGACUUCGUUGCACACUGCGGCAGAUAUGAAUCUUGGGUACCAAUUUUAAAAUUCUUAUUGAAAUAAUUUUUUAAUCAAUAUAAACAAACUUUUCCUUUAACAACUAA